AUGGCGCAGCUGUCUCCCAAGGUCAAGGUGGAGGGAGCCACUGCCGCAGAUGCGGAUGAAGUGGGUGGGGCCGAGGAGGAGGAGGUGGAGGAGGAGGAGGACGCGCCAGCGCCCAAGAAGAAGAGCAAGGGAGGCGGCAGGAAGCGGGAGCAAGACCCGCUGCCGCUAAAGGAGCUGCCCACCCCGGAGCUGGUGGCGCGCCUGCGCGCCGAUGGCUACCGCCCGCCCGCGCUGCCUGUGCCGGUACUGGGCUACUGCUGCCUGAACAUGACCCUGCGUGACCGCAAGCCGCCAAUUUUCACCAGCAGGGACUGCAUCAAGCGCACACUGGAAUCCAAGGGCCUACCCCACCUGGGCGAGCUGUGUCUGGCAAACUGUCGCGACCUGGCCCUCAUCAUUCAAUGGUGCAGUGGAACGCGGAGCACAACAUUCGCCUGUGAGCUGGGGGAAGCUGCGCAGCGCCGCCAGCUGGCGCAGCUCCAGGAGGCGCUGGCGAAGGGCGGCGCCAGCCGGCUGGAGCACUAUGUGCACAACGUGGUGGGCGCCCUCAACCUGGCGCCCGCCAUGUUUGGGCAGCGCGAGACCUACCUGGAUGCAGUACGGCGUCGGCAGGACCGCGAGGCGCUGGCGCAGCUGCGCACCGGGUCGCAUUGGGGCGCGGAAGAGACCGGCCGCUGGACGCGGCGCCCCCGAGAGCAGCGAGUCUGCCCCCACUGCCACGACGGCAUUGAAGAUGCCCCCCACAUGCUGCUCACCUGCCCCCUUUACGCCCCGCUGCGCCUCAACUUUCCUGACCUGUUUGCUGAGCCCCAUCCUCCCCACCGCUUCCUCCGCCAGAAACCGAUGGGGACGUUUGAGCCAGAGGCACUGCCACAAUUUGCUGACAUCUGCGCUGCUCUGUCGCUGGCGGGCGACCUGGCGCGCCUACAUAACCAGCGCCUCACGUUCCACCCCAGCCACUUUGUGAAGCUGGCGUCCCCGGACGAUGAGCUGGUCACUAAGUCGAUCAAGGAGCUUGAGGCGCACUCGCGCUCAGGCUACUCCCACGAGAUCAAGUUCUUUUGCCAUUCCAUCGUGUUCUGGGAGGAGUUCAAGGACUUCUUCACUGAGCGGUGCGCCGCCGCCGGCAGCCGCUCCGAGCGGUCGCGGCUGAAGGGCGAGCUGGGCAAAGCAGGCAUUGAUUUCAGCAAGUUUCUGGCUUUGGCAAUAGACCUGUGGAAGGCAGAAGGUGUUAUCUCUCAGUUACAGGCAGAUGUCAUGAUCAAGCUGGCAACGGGCACUGCAUUCGACACGGAUGGUAAGCCGGGCUGCCUUUGCCCGCUGGCAUGCCUCGCUUCUCGCCUCUCGAUUGCUUGUCCGCACGGCAGUGCCAUAUGCUUGCAAUAA